AUGGGGGAUUUCGGGAAAUGUUAUGAUAGAUGCAUGGUCCACCGGGAAAUAUUAUCACUUUGUAAGGCUUAUGUGACGUGCUGCUUCCCACAUUACAUUAGAAUGCGCUUUACAAACUCAUCCAAACAUCACUCUUAUUGGAGAAGAGGUUGCAUCAAAGAAAUUGACACUAAAAAAGAAAGUCAGAACCCAAAUGAUCAGGGUUUUGAGAAAAUGAUAUCGGGAAUGUAUUUAGGUGACAUUGUUAGAAGAGUAAUUCACAAGGUGUCAUUAGAAUCAGAUAUUUUUGGACGAGUUUCCUCUAAGCUUUCAGCAAGAUUCAUGUUAAGUACACCAUUAAUGGCUGCUAUGCAUGAAGAUGACACCCCAAACCCAAGUGAAGUUGCCAAGAUUCUUGAAGAAACCCUAAAUAUAAACGAUGUUCCACUAAAAGUGAGAAAACUGGUGGUGAAAAUAUGUGAUGUGGUGACAAGAAGAGCUACAAGGUUAGCAGCAAAGGGCAUUGGGGGAAUUUUGAAAAAGAUUGGUAGGGAUGGGACUGCAGUGAUUACAAGUAGAAGGGUUGAAAGUGGAAAAAAUGGGAAAAUGAGAAGAACAGUUGUAGCAAUAGAAGCAGAAAAUGAGGAAGAAGAGAAGGGCAGAAUGUGGGAUAUUCCAAAUUUGGAUAUUCCUACUUCUGAGCCUGAACUAAACCUGCCCACAGCCUUGAGAGAGAUUUCAUGUGAACUUUAUAGGUUUAUCAUAGGAAUGUCCGAAUGA